CAUCUGGGCAUGGUCUUAAUACUAUGCAUGUAUGUCCACUGUGCAGGCACACAUGCAAAGAAGCUCUACGCUAAAAUUAAGAUGAUUAUUAGAUAUCAAAUUUUCCUGCUUGUGUGACAUCAAAGCUGUUAAAGUUGCCGUGCAGAGAAAAGGAUUAAACAGCAUAUGACUCAACGCUGGCAUGGAAGACUUGUCAAGAUAUUGGGGAAUCGACAGGAUCUUGUUUCUCACAUGUUGCAUCGUCUCUAUAUUUUUACAAGCAGAAGCGAACAGCACUUCCGGGAUGGUGGGGAGCACAGUGACCCUGCACUGUACCAGUAACACAACCGGUGACCUCCUUCAACUGACAUGGGGAAGGAAUGGGACUCAGCUGUUUAGUUUCAGGCCACAGAAAACCUCAAACAGCAGCUCUGUCACCUUAAGCAGGUCUGCUGCUGCUGCCACCCUGAAUCUAAACAUGUCCACCUUAGAAAGCCAAUCAUAUGCACUAAUCAUAGAGAGCGCCCAGAAAAGUCACGCAGGAAACUACACUUGUGAAAUAACCACAGACUCUGGAUUCAUCGAACAGAAAUGGGAGCUUGUGAUUAUAGAAGCGAACAGCACUUCCAGGAUGGUGGGGAGCACAGUGACCCUGCACUGUACCAGUAACACAACCGGUGACCUCCUUCAACUGACAUGGAGAAGGAAUGGGACUCAGCUGUUUAGUUUCAGGCCACAGAAAGCCUCAAACAGCAGCUCUGUCACCUUAAGCAGGUCUCCUGCAGCUGCCACCCUGAAUCUGACCAUGUCCACCUUAGAAAGCCAAUCAUAUGCACUAAUCAUAGAGAGCGCCCAGAAAAGUCACACAGGAAACUACACUUGUGAAAUAACCACAGACUCUGGAGUCAUUGAGCAGGAAUGGGAGCUUGUGAUUAUAGAGAACGCUGAAGCUGAAAGUUCGAAUAAAAUCAGCAAACUUACAACAAUUGCAAUUAUUGUACCUUCGCUAUGUUUCCUGAUCUUUAUAUUAACUGCUGUGAUCAUUCUCAGAGGAGUCUGCAAACGACGUUCACAAACAAUCACCCAGCCUCCUAGAAGGUUGGUAAGUGUGCGGGAGCCGACACAACCCACUUAUGAAAACCUGGAUUUUGAAGGUCGCCAGCAAUGUGGACAAAUUCAGGUUCACCCUUAUAAAUACAGGGCUGAGUGAUAUGAAUUGCACAGUAAAAUAAGACAUAACUCUUUUAAACGAUCAACCACUUUAAGCAGCUUUCUCCCUGAGUGUGUUGUAAUGAAGAGCACAAUCUGUAAUUGAAGAUGCAUUAUUUUUUUGUCUGGGUGAACACCAGUCAGAAUGUGACAUCAUCGAUUUGUAAUCAUAAGUUGACAGUUGACAGUACAUCCCUGUCAGUUUGUAUAGGGUGUGUAAAUCCUGAGCAAAAUAGCUUUCUUGGAGCUCCUAAAUGCACUGUUAUUCACUCACUGGCUAAUGUUGUUUUAAAUGAAUUCAGUUUUAUUUAUACAAGUCCAAAUCACACCCACAUGUCAUCUUAGGCUGCUUGUCUAGUAAGCUCAAGACGUUACAGUUUUACAGAGAGAACAAGUGCCCAUUCAUUAUGCUCUCAGUGCUGCAGUUGCGAAAGUAAAACUUUAAACUUGACGCAUUUGAACAUGAUAGGGUAGUUAGUGUGCUCAUCUCUGAUGCUGUCUCACAGUUUAAUAUAGGAGAUGCAGAGAGAACCAGAUCAAAGCGGAAUUUAUUUACUUAAUUGAAGAUUCUUGGUGAUAAAUAAGACUACACAAACCCUGAUCACUGUUUUUGUUAUCUGUGUAUGCUUUCAUUUCAUAAAUCAGACUUCAAGGUAAAUAAGUUACAAGUAUAUUUAUUGUUUUUCUCAUCACCGGGUAAAUGCAAAUGCAUGACAAUGCAAAAAACAUAGUUUAUGCUGGUGUAACCUCACAGGCGAUCUACCUUCUGUGGUUUUAGUACGAUACGUCUCAACAGGUUACAUAUAUAGAAAAUAUUCUUUCAUCAGAGAUUGUAUAUCACUGUUAAAGCACACUGUAGCAACAACCCCAAAAGGUUUGACACUGUGUGAAAUAAAAACAGAAUGCAAUUAUUUUCCAAUCUCAUAAGCUCACAUUUUACUAUUUCAUGGGAAAUAUGAGCUCAUUUUCAGUUUAAUGGCUGCAGCAUGUGUCAAAAAAGCAGGGAUAGUAGCAACAGAAGACUAAUACUAAUUAGGUUAACUGUUUUCAGGCCAUUAGAACCGAUUUUAGAAAAUACGACAUCUACAAAUUGUGGAACAGUUUCAGAAUAAUGUCCCUAAACAUGAAUCUGGAGAAAUCUCUGUGCACAUGUGACAAGGUGGAAUAUCAAUAAUUGAUGCCUGUCAUGAUUCUGUCAUGGAGGUCACUUCAUCAGCUCAGGAACACAGUUUACUGUGCCAUCCACAAAUACAUGGAAACCAUACUGGCUGAACCAAAGAGGACCAUCAGGCUCAGUACAGAUGCCUGUAUCUGUGAUGGUAAAGUGUUGCAUUAAUUAGUGCUUAUGGAACUGGCAGCUUGCAUCUUUAAAGACGCCUUCAAUGCUAGCCAGGUUAAAGGAAAGUCAACUUUAUGACACUGCAGACUCUGACUUCAAGCUCACUAAUGCAUUAAUGGCACUUUGUACUGCACUCAUUUUGACUGUAUUCUGAAGAGGAGAAUCAGAGAGUCAAUAAGAUGGUACUAAGAUCACAUUUAAAGACUCUGCAUGACUCAGUGGAAAAUAUCUCACAUCCUUCCCUUGUCUGUGGUCACUGGUGUGAAGUGGCGUCGAUGCUUAAAAAAACAAAACAACCACAACUCACAACAGUGUUUGGUUUUUUUUUAGGUCAAGAAACUGUUUAAUUCCAGGCACGGAUGUAGAAGGUAAUUUCCUGUGAAAUUAUUUUUCCAAUCGUUUAAGAAAUUAAACAAUAAAAUCUAAAAGUGCAAAUAGUGGACUGCUAAUGCAAGUAGCUUACUCAGUUCAUCAGCUGGCAAAGUGAAUGAAGAGAAAACUUAAAAUUCAUGAUGAGGGCAUUUUAAAAGAGAAGUGCAGUGCUUAAAAAUGCUUCAAAAGACACUAACAGUACACAUGAGCCAAGUUUAAACUCAGCAAACUCCUACUGGUUGGAGCUGCCCAUGCUGGCAGUCCACACCUCUAAUUUUAAAAAGGCUGUAAUAAAAACAAGAAUAGAUAAGUCCUAAAGUAGAAAAAACAUCUCCCUCAUCCAGAUUAGGUUAACUGGGGAUUCAAAAUUGCCCAAAGGUGUACAUGUGAGUGUGAAUGGCUUUCUGUCUCUAUGUACUGUCUCUGCAGAAGACAUUGUUGAACCCCUCUCCCCACAGCCCAACCUGUUUGGAAUAAGUUAACACAUUGCUCCAGUGUUGUUGUUGUUGUUGUUUUUUUGAAUACGUAUCAUUUAAUGUGUAGCACCUGUGCUUGUCACUAUAAAUGGCUCUGUAGAGACUACAUCGAUCAGGCAUAACAUUAUGACCACCUGCCUAAUAUUAUGUCUGCCUCUUUUUCUGCUAUAACAGUAAACAAUUCCAAUGCACUGUGUAUUCUGAAACCUUUUUAUGUGAACCAGUCUUACCUUUUUUGGCAAUUUGAGCAAAAGUAAGUCAUCUGUUGGAUCAAAACAUGUGGGCCAGGCUUUGCUUCUCAUGUGUAAAAUGGCCUGUAUUUGUAUAGCGCUUUACACUACA